UUGGAAUGGGCUCAGAAAAACAAGCGUGCACGAAAUGUUGUUGGGAGUAUUAUGCAGAAUGAUUAUAUUUCUCAGCAGCUUGACGAGAAGGUGCUGGAGCUAGAGCGGGAGAUAGAGCAUGAGCUAGAGCGGAAGAAAGAGCAGAAGACACAACAGCAGUGCUUCAAAAAGUGGGAUGUGCCAUGCUAUCCCCCUGGGCAGUCAUUGUGGCCCCAAAACAAUCUGCCAGCGCGGCAAUACUUCAACAAGCCAGAUGGACCAUGUGGCCCUGGUUAUGCAAUGUUUGCCCCUGUACAUGGUCGUCACAACAACCGGCCACUGUGGCAGCAGCCACCACCAUUAAAACGGCUUUUCACUUAUAGCAGUGAGUUUGGACCUCAUGAGGUACCCCAGCCAUCCUUCAACAAUAGCAGCGGAGCCAGCUACCAUUGGUAUCCACAGCAACUUACUGCCCCCAACUCAUUUGCCUAUGGCGCACACACAGGCUAGGGCAACUACCAACACCAAUGGGAGCAGCUUCCCAUUACUCUGGAGCCGUUUAUUGCAUCUUGGCAGCAUCCACCUCCUUCGUCAUCCAACACCUAGUGAGGUAAAAGCAGUACUGAAAACCUCUGUAUGUAGACCAUAGUGGAAUCUUUAAAAAGACUUAUAUUUAGGAAUGGAGUCAGUAUUCGGUUAUGGCACUGCAUGCUUAUAUCUGCUCAUCCUGGUGUGUGGGUUCGCUGGGGCUAAAUUGCGUGUUUUGACCAUUUGCGAAAGUAUAGCCGGAGCUUACCCUAGUCUGAAACCUUUUCGAGACCUGACCCUUUUUCUACCGCCAGAGUCGACGACGGUAGGGGCACACCGCGCUGACGUGGAUAAGUUGGCUACCACUAGGGGCCUCGGUGGUAGGCUCGUAUACCCUACCGCCAUAGACCCCGGCGGUAGGAAAAGGGUCAGUUCCCGAUUUUUUUUCAAACCAGGGUCAGAUCCGGCUAAACUUUUGCAAAAGGUUCAAAACACCAAAUUUGCCCUUCGCUGGAUGGGCUGUGUAGCAGCCACAGCAGGGGCACGAUGGGGUACUGGUGUGGUAAAUUUUGGUAGAGUUAAUUAACAUGUGUUAAUUAUGGGGAAAUUUCCCCGUCUUAACCGUCGGGCAGUUAGACGCAUCCUCUGGUUGCGUCCCCCCAACUUGUAUAUAAGGGCAUCUACAACGCUGGGCGCUAGCGUAGGCGCCAGGAUCGAAUUCCCGGUCGAUGGGGCAGUUGGGCCUUCCAAUCCUGGCGCUAUAUACGGCAUCGAUGCCAGAAAAGGAACCGAGCGCUCGAGCUAUUUUCUCGUACGAGAUGGAAGGCUGCGUGUAGCGGCCGGUUCCCUUAGCGCCCCCAUAAUUAGCGCUCAGCGUGUAACAAACAGCGCUUAGAUGGGCUUUUAAUUUUCCAAGAUUUAUUUUAUUUCCCUUAGCGCCCAUAUAGGCGUCUUGCAUUGAAGAUGCCCUAAGCAUCACUCUCAAUGAAAGAGCUGUCAACAUGGUCCAACUACUAGUGCUAUGCAUUUAACCCAUUUUCUGUUGAGUUUCAAAACUCCAGAAAUGUGUGUAUGUUGAUACUUGACAUGUUCAAUGUGUUUACCACAUCAAAUUCUCAAGAACAUGUUUUUGCGGUCGAAUUAAUUUUUCUCGUAUAUCAAACUUGCAAUUUUUUGAGUUAUAUUUCCCUCAUUGUAUUUGGAAUCACAAGGUAAUGAGUUGGAUCUAGUGCUCAUUUGCAGACUAUCAACUAUUACUGCAAGG